AAUAAAAUGCAUGUAAGUCACGAACAAUGAAAUCGACGGAUGAAAUUUGUCGUUACUAGUCGAUGCCUUCGAAAAGUUUCCAGCGACUAACGCUAACCACGACGCAACUUACACCUUCCUUACUCAGCUUUCUCCGAUACCUUGCUAAAUUGUGACAGACUCGUCCACCGGAAGGAACAAUGUUAUGUGUAUAUAAGCGGUAUUCGCGCAUGGUAAAGUUGAACGGUGUGGAGAGGUACAUUGUAAAGAAGGUGGUAGCAGGAAUAGAUGGUGGGGAUAUAUCUGUCGAUGGUACAGGUGGUGGGAGUAGUAACGAGAAUAGUGGGGGGAGCUCCACGUCGCAGACCAAUUCGAAAGACGGUGUAGGCGCGUUCGGCAGAGCGAGCUUCAGUGUCGUUUCAGCCGCGGUUCUGUACGGUUGUUCGACUUUUGAUACUGUGUUUCAACUACGUAACCGUCGUCGCCGUAAUUACCGGUUAUUUUCGCCGUCUGGAACACAAUCGUUCAUAUGCUACGCAUAUAAACAAAAAAUCAUCAUUUAUAUUAGCUAAAAUCGACCGAAUCAGUGUCCAAGUUUUUUGUUUGUUUGUGGAAUCGAUAUGAAGAAGUUCACCAUGACAAUGGGCUAAACCGGUGAUAUUCAGUUCGAGCGUUGAGAACGUUAUCCGGAUUUGGGUCAAUGGAAUAACGUGUUAAUGUGACGUAUUUCAUAUCGAUUGGAAUAUUCGUGAGGUGAAGAAUUUUGCUGAUAAUCAUAAUUGAGAAUAUAACGGUGUUGAUAACAUAAGUGAUCGCGGGUUUUUGUAAGAUGAGCCCAGCCUCCCAAGGCGGCGUGGAGGUGGAGCGAUACAUCGGUAGUUGUUUGAUAUCGUCAACCAUCAGACCAGGACCGCAUAAACCGAUCGUCGGUAGGAAACAGGAACCUGUGAUUCGCGGGAAAACGCGAGGCUGUUACGGAAAUCAAAAUUUUCCGAACGGAACCGAACAAUGCCAGGUGCAAUAUGGACCUGGUGGUUGGACGGGCGCUCCUUUGAUAUCGAUGACAUCCAGUCCACGUAGAUGUAAUCAAAGAUCAUCACCGUCGCUUGGACAACAGCAGCAACAGCCAUCAUCGUCGCAGCAACUACAACAACAACCGCAGCAACAGCAACAGCAGGCUUGCGAGCAGCAAGUAUCAGCUCAUCUACACAAGAAUCCACUUUCUAGAUUAGCCAUUCACACGCAGGGAGCGCCGUUGAUUCUAGCCAAUCGGUUUCACAAUCGCGGCAAGAUACAUAACAACGGGAACGCUAAUGGCAUUACUAAUACGAUUUGUAAUAAUACAGGCGCGGUUAAUAGUUACGUUCACAAUAAUGUGAAUACCCUGACAUCGAACUGUACGAUGAGCAAUACUGUCAGGUGUCCACCAUCGCGGCCUCAAAGGCCAAUAGAACUUGCGAAGAAGCAACAAACGAAUCAAAAAUCGUCGGACUGCACGACGACCAAAGACACAACGGGAACAGGAAACAUUGCGAAUAUCGAUUCGUUGAGUAUCGCAAGCGAUGAAAGUUCGGGAUCGAAUAAUUCUGAGAACAGUUUGCCACGUAUCAUUAAACCUCGAAAGCGCAGGAAGAAAGAUAGAAAACCGCCAAACAAUGCGGUCACUUCUGCGGAAGUAACAAAACACGAGGAGCAGCAACAACAGUCGAAUUCGGGCGUAAUUACCGAACAAUCGAACGCAACUUCUUUGAAAUCAUACGUACCAACUUGUUAUGAGCAACGUUACGAUGUCGCACCGCCUCACCUUAGAAAUCACAGAAGGCCACCCAUAGCGAGGGAAAGCAACGUGUACGGUUGUAGAGUGCAAACAACUGGCAUGUCAGGGCAAGAGAUAGACGCGAGGCAAAGGUAUCCACAUCGACACGUGGAAGUGAAAGUGUUGGACGACAACAGAAACGUCGUGCCUGCGCAAAUGCGUACCAUUCCGCCAAAGGGUUAUAGACAUAACGGUCAUCAUCAUCACCAUAAUCACGCCGGUAGUAACAAUGUUCCGCGCUAUCUGCAUGAAUAUAACGAUCUAACGGCGACGACGACGACGACGACAACGACGACAACGGGUUGUGAAGAGGGCAUCAACGAGGAAUUAGGGCCGUGUCAGUGCCGGUAUUGUGAUCCUUCGGCUCUCAUAUGGGACGUGGAUCAGAACUGUUACUCGCCCUUCUUGACCCCGUCACCGUCGACCGAGUUCUGUCCCGGCCACUUUUCUCAGAUGCCGCUAUUCUUGUCUCGGCCAAGUCUCAGUUGUCAGGAGCAAACUAUCGAGAGGCUUUUCAACGGUGAUAAUCCUCGAACCCAUCAAGAAAAGGACAGCACCGGUAGCACCGGUGUUGUGUUAAGGCGCAGCUGGAGCGACCCGACCAGUUAUUUCAGCGAAGAAAUCAGCACGCCUAGCAAAGAUGUUGGCGUGAUCGGUGAUAGGGGACAGGCAGAGAGUGGGAAACGUCGAACGCUAUGGCGCGGUGAAUCUAUCGGUAUACCUGUGAAUAACAUUGGACUAUCCGGUAUGGAUGUGAAUGGUACCGUACAAUCGCCUAAAGAGCUUGAGGUUUCUACGGAAAUCAUCACGUCGCCGAACGGUCACAGAGAUUUGGAAAUCAAAUUUUAUUCGCCUUCGCCGAAUGCACCGAUGGCCGAAGAAGAGAAAGGCAUGUUCGAGAAAGAAGUGGACGAGGACGAAGAAGAUUUCAGCGAUAUUUGGAGCUAUCACGAGUCAAAGCUGCAACAGGAUUUUCGCACGUUACUGCAAGCGGAAGAAUGAACACGGAACGGAGAUUCUCUUUCGAUGUGUCUGCUGGUCCGACUUGUAUGGUGAAAAGAGAGAACAUUCGCGUCUGUCCGUGCUUGAAUACAAUUCUUCGACAGAUUUGUGUGUGUUACGCGAGGGGAAGAAAAGCAGUGGCGUGAUGAA